CAUCGCCGGCGUGGCAAAGGCGAGGGGCCGAGGGGGGAAAAGAGAGCGUAGAAAGUGGGGGAGAGAAACUGAAGCGACCGGGGUUGAAGGUUUUUGCUCCCAAUCCCCCCUCUCUCCUGGACUCCUCCGCCGCAUCCUCCCAUCCCUCCUCCCCCCCAAACCCUUCUUCUCGCCGCCGCCGCAGCGUUGCAUCCAUCCGGAUGGGCAGCGCCGGCGGUAGGGUUGGGGCGACAGACCAGAUCCCGGAGGUUGAAAUGGACGUCGUCGAGGGCGCUCCGGAGGAGCCGGGGCGGGUCGGGUCGAAGAGGGUCAGGGAUUCGCCCAGCGCCCUGGGUUCCCACGGUUUUUAUGGAGUGACUACUGCAGAGAAGAAACCAAUGCUUCAACCUCAUAAUGUUGAUAAAAGUUUGAGCAAAGCUGGCAACAGUAACCUUCUGCACAUGAAUUCUGAUGGUGCUUCUAAAAUGGGGGGUCGAUACCUGCGUGGUGCAGAUGGCUUGGGGACUCCAGAUUCUAUUGCUCUGAGAUUGAAUAUCUCAUCUCCUUGUGAAAACCUGGAGAAUGAAACCAAAUGGGCCACCAAAAUAUGUACCUUUUACACUCAAGGUUGGUGCAAUAAAGGAAACAGUUGCGCAUUUCUUCAUGAAAGAGAGGGGGGUUUUGCAAAGGCUGGUCUGCUUGCACCACCUGGUUUUGAAAAUCAUAGAGGUUCCGAAGAAGGGUCUCAAGUACAACAUCAAUCCAACUUGAAGGUGCUGCAAUUCAAAGAUGCAGAGGGUUCAUCAAAAGAUGAGCGGUAUCGGAGACUUAUACAUGCAUAUGGCGAAGAUAAUGUGAGGCUGGCACAUAUUGCUGAUAAACGAAACUCUACCACUCCAGGGAUUUCACAAGGGCUCCAUGGCACUGGCAGUAUGGAGCACAGUCUAGUAGUUCAUGAGAAAACCAACAAACCUUUCAUGAGACACCAUACUGGUUUGUCACCUGAAACCUAUUUGGAUGGCAGACAUAUCUUGCUAGAUGGAGGGGACUUUGAAUCUGGUAUGGACAGGAGAAACGACUUCAGUAAUGCCCAUGUUGCAAGAACUUAUCUUGACGUGAACACCUUAAACUCAGGCCAUCAGUUUCGAUCAUCUGGCCUUUCUAUUUCAUCUGAUCCUUUCCAACUCAGUGAGAAGUUGUCAGCUUAUGGUGCAACAACAGAUAAUCUUUCUAACACACAUCAGAAAGAACAUCAUUCAAGCCUUGCCUCAUAUAGUUCACAUGGCUUAACAGGAUUUAGAAAUCCAGGCUAUGCUGCAUCUGAAACUUCUAGACCUGCAUUACUCUCAAGCAGUUCAUCUGAACCUUAUAUUAUGUCAGCUGGACCCCUUUCUCCAAUCAAGGAUGAGGUCUGGGUGACGUCAGUGCCUUUUGUACCUUCUUUUAGUUUUCCGGAUAGUACAACACCCCCAGGGAGUCAGUAUGACCCAUUCGUUGACUGUAUUGAACCUCCUAAAGUUGGAGAUACGGAUAAUCUGAAGUCCUCCAAUGUGUCCUUCAGUACUUCAAGUCAGCAUACAAAUCAGUAUGUAAUUACUGAUGAAUCACUGAAUCCUGAUGACAAGCUAACCAGGAAUAUGUCUGCCAAAGGAGCAAAUGGAUCUGCGUACCUGAUUUCAGCUGAUAGAGUACGCAGCUCUAGCCUGGAUGAUUAUAAUAGGUUGAAAGCUCAUGACAGAAAAAUCUGUGCAGCUAGUAACGAAGAGAAAGCAAGAGAUUUCCGUUUUCAUUUGGCAGAACAUAUAAAGGAGUUGGUCAAACCAAUAUGGAAGGAAGGUAAUCUGAGUAAAGAUGCUCAUAAACUGGUAGUGAAAAAAUCUGUUGAAAAAAUUGUUGAUUCGAUUAGGCCAAAUCAAAUGCCAACUAGUGAAGAGUUGAUUGCCAAAUAUAUUACUACCUCUGGAUCAAAGAUAGAAAAACUUGUGAAGGCGUAUGUUGAUAGGCAUCGUACAACGUGAGAUCCAAGCUUCUCAAUGUUGAAUUACAGCAAAGAUUGGAGCUUGGACUUGAUGCUGAUGGGAGCUUGAGCCUUAUGUCCCAUCAGUCUGGUUAACCUACAUUUGUAGGUGCAAGAAGUUCUUAUUGGGUAAAAAUGGACAUUCAACCUCCCCCCCCCCCCCCACCAAAAAAAAAAAAAACUCAGGCGAGCUGCCAGAGCAAAGAAGAGCGAUUGAUAUAAAGUGUAAGAAGUGACUGAUUGUCUCAAUACCCCCUUCAAUAAUGGUACUCCUGUUCAUUUUACCUGGUAUGCUAGCCUUUGCCCGACAAUUACUCUAUUAUAUUCUGUGACACAAAGCUGGUGUCAGUAAAUUCGCAUUAAAAUACACUUACGACUGUAAUUUUGUAUCCUGUAAGUGAUUUAUUAAUACAGCAAAUACAGUUGAGGCCUUGUUGUGAUGAAACGAAAUAUGCAUUAUUAUAAACAUGAACUGAUGGAGUAUUGAAGAUAAAUUUGCCUCGUGCCCAGUUUCCAGCGAUAAUGUAAACAAAUUUAAUUGUCAUGGUGCUCUACUGCUCAUUGAUCUGGAUGGUAUGUACAGGCAUACAAGGCUAGAAGAGGAUAGCUUGCCAAAGAUUUCAUUUUCAAUGUGGCAAUGGAAAGAACUUCAGAAUCAUGUGAUUCAGAUGGAUAUUGCAUAUAAAGUGGUUGCUCCCAGAAUGCUCACCUGAAGUAAUCUUUGUUCACACUCUCUCAUGUGAUGCAUUUCUCCUGUAGUGACAGGGUUUUGAUUGAAUUGUUAGAUAAUUGAAUACCCACUUUUAUUAAAUGCAUCAGGUACAUAAUUUGCUUAUUGGUAGGAUGCAUGAACUUUUAGUCAGUAUACAACUAUAGGUUGCAUGUAUUUAGUACCUAAGGUAGUUACUUUGCCCUAUUGUUUGCACAAGAUGAAGAACGGGUAAGGAAUAAUCAAAUUCUGUUGUGUAUGUGAACCUGUUUAGGGCUAGCCAUUAAGAAUAUUCUUCUUCCUAUGUGCAUUCUGUUUAGGCCUAGCCAUUAAGAAUAUUCUUCCUCCUUAGUCGCACAAGGUCAUGACAACUCAUUCAUAAUGUUACAACUUCCUCCAGGAAUACUGCCUGGAUUAAAUUGAUGGUUUUCUUUGACUAGAUGAUAUAGCUUUGCAUGGUAUGUCAAUUAAUUCUUGUGUAAUCUUGACCUUAUUUUUAGUAAAGCAUCUCUUCUUCAAUAAUCAAAUUCUUUGCUUGAAAAAGAAAAUCCUUUUGGUAAAACCUUUACUAAGGCUCCAGUUAGCUCAGGUAAAAGACACAUUUUCAUUGGGAGUCCUUUUUUCUGACUCGACUUAUCUCAUACAUGUAAAUUUGAUUCAUAGAUCAACUUUCUGACUUAGAACUCUACAAGCUCUACAAGAUGUUGACGUGGCAUAUUUACUGCUUUUUUACUUAAUACUUUUUUUAAUGCUCCAGGAUGUUAUUUUUGUCAUUGUGAUUGAGCUACACUGAUGACCCUAGAAGCAUAUGUUGCUCGCAGAAUUGAAAAGGUCGGAAUUCUACUAUUAUUUCAAUCUUUUUUUAGUAAUUUAAUCAGCUUGUGGCCUGGUGGAAAGUCAGGUUUAAUUACUGGAGGUGGUAAUUAGCCAAUUGCAGAUUGGAGACACCAGUAAAGAACUAGGAAGUCUCUGGCUGAUUUAGGGUCAUCCUCUCUUUUGGUCAUUUCCUUGGCUGUUUUGAGUUUGUCGGAUUUUGUUUUCGGCUUAGGGGGGCCUUCGUGGGUUUGGACUUGGACCACCUUUUUUCUCAAUCAUGAAUACAAACAUGUACAUCUCUCCUGCGUUGUCUGGAAAAGAACUAAAAAGGAGAGAAGUUGAGAAGAGUUCUAGUUACCAAAUCACCCAAUGCUUACCACGACAGUUAGCUGAUAACGUAUUCCUUUGACGAGGUUGAGAUUGUCUGCAGUGACAGAGCAAGGGUCUUCCUGCUACAGUACAGGUUUUAAGAUGGUAUAUACUUGUGGUCUGUCACAUUUCCAUUGGCGCAUCAGAUGGUAAUCUAGUGCUGAAAUUAUGUGGCUAGAAAUAGUUACGUGAGAUUAAAAUUGACCAAAUUGGCUAUGCAUCCCCUGUGGUACUUAAAUGUAUACUUUGUUUGUUUCUGUUAGAAUAUGUCCCCCCCCCCCACCUUCUCAAAGUUCGUACUAUAAUUAUUGUGUUAAUGGUAUUGGAUAUUUCAUUACCACUAUCUGACUAAACCAAUCACGUUGGUUUGAAUGAGUAGACUGUAAUUACUAUUUGAUAGCUUCUUAUGUUGUAUGAAACUUGCACUACAAACGGAAUGCAGCAUCGCCAUGCUACCUUCAGGGGCCACGGCUGUGGAAUCUGAUUGACGUAUUGGCAUAUCGCCUUCAUAGCGACAUACGAGAUGAUGGCUGCACUGGGGAUUCUUUUUCACCAAAAUUGAUUACUGUCGUUGAGCGAAGUCGUUCUCGCUGCAAGACAUGCUAUGGAGGUAUCAGAUUGUGUUCCGGGGUGCUAACCAUUCCUCCGUCCACAGUAUGGGCUCUGACGAGGUACAGGGACAAGUCCCACUAGUGAUUUGAAUUUGUAUCUCGUAUUGGUAGAGGUAGAGAUCAGUGUUUAGUGGGUUCUGUUGUGGCAUCAAGCUGGUCUUUUUAGUGACGUAGGUGUAGUGUAUAUGCUGCUUUUACAUCCGGGUCGUGUUGAACCUGUUACCUGUAGCUACGGCCGGCCUGUUAUCUCUUGUCGGGUUUC